UCUCGAGAAACGUUCAGCAUUGACUGAACUAGUUGCAGCUGGAGACUUGCAGAAUAAACAUGCGUUUCUCUAACUUGCUCUUUAUUUGUAUUGUGACAUUAGGAUCAUCUGAAUUCUGCUCCGCAGGACCUCUACACGCACAGUGCAAAGUCGAGUGGUAUUUCAGUCUCCCUUGCAGGAGUGUGUAUGAAGCUCUGGUCACACAGAUUAAAAAGUGGAGGACAGUCUCGACCUGUGCCAUGGGAGGAGAGAAGUGUCUCUACAAGUUGCAGUCUGCAUCUGUGCACUUCAUAUCAGCCAAACACACAACGCCAGUAAAAAAAUAUGUUGAUGACAUCAACUUCAGACUCGUCUCCUAUGGAUUUUUUACACAUUGCCACGUGUCUGCCAUGUCAGUGUCAGAGACCUGGUAUGUUGUCACAGAUCACGGCACCAACUAUUGUAACCUCUACAACUUAAUGGAAGGCAGCGGUCUUACUGAAGCUCCAGGAUAUAAAGAGAUCACCAGUGACUUCCUGUGCACUCAACGGUCAUCUGCUAACUGUACCGUCUACUAGCACUGACACAUGUUCAUACUUUUUAUAUCGAAAUUGGAAUUUAGUGGCUUUUACACUCUAAGAAAGGUUCAAUGGUUUCUUAAA